CCUUCCGCGGCCCGAGAAGAUUUCUUAAAAUGGUCCGCUAUUCGCUCGACCCCGAGAAUCCGACCAAAUCAUGCAAGGCCAGGGGUUCUAACCUCCGGGUCCAUUUCAAGAACACCCGAGAGACUGCCCAGGCCAUCAAGGGCAUGCACAUCCGCAAGGCCUCCAAGUACCUGAAGGAUGUGGUGGUCAAGCGUCAAUGUGUUCCUUUCCGUCGCUACAAUGGUGGUGUCGGCAGGUGUGCCCAGGCCAAGCAGUGGGACUGGACACAGGGACGCUGGCCCAAGAAGAGCGCAGAGUUCCUCCUCCACAUGCUGAAGAAUGCAGAGAGCAACGCUGAGCUUAAGGGUCUGGAUGUGGACUCCCUGGUGAUCGAGCACAUCCAGGUAAACAAGGCCCCCAAGAUGCGCCGCCGAACCUACCGCGCCCAUGGCCGCAUCAACCCCUACAUGAGCUCCCCAUGCCACAUCGAGAUGAUCCUCACAGAGAAGGAGCAGAUUGUGCCCAAGCCAGAGGAGGAGGUCGCUCAGAAGAAAAAGGUUUCCCAGAAGAAGCUGAAGAAGCAGAAACUCAUGGCACGGGAGUAAAUGUACAUACAAUAAACAUCAAUUCUUACCGAACUA